AUUUACAUCUUACAAUUUUUAUUAUUGUGUAAUGUGCAUUGAACAUAUUUUGAACAUUUCUAUUUUUUAUUAAUCUUUGAAGUCUUUUCCCUUUACUGAUUGCACUCCACGCAGGUUUCGGCCAUUUCACGAUAUUAGUCGUUACGGGAUCAUUUGAUUUUUGAUAAUUCUUACUAUUUUGCCGGAAAAUGAACGGUUUGCGAUUAUUCAGACGACUAGCCAGCAGCAUGUCGGCACGCUCCAGCAAAACAGAACGUGCCAUCGUCGUCACUGACGACGCGUCUACUAUAGUGUGUUAUCAUCCAGAGAGUACUUUUCCAUACGAGUUCACCAAACCUCUACCGGUCAACAAUGUGCAGGACAACUCAGUGUUACGAGUUCAAAACAAAGAUUUUUUGCACGAAGUGUUCAGUAAGCCCAAUAAAGAAAUAGUGCAACAAGAACUAAUGAAAAUGACGUACACCACCAAACACCGUUGGGUGCCACCCAAGAAAUGGAAAAGAAGGUUUGCUCAUCAAAAACUUGUAGACAGAGAAUAUUUAUAAUCCGAUAUAAUUAUGUUUAUUAUUUUUAAAAAUGAAUUAGUUCACGUUUUUUUAGUAUAAGAGUACACACCAAAAUUGUUUUAUAAUGAUUUUGUUGAAUAAAAAUUGUAUAAUAUCAAAGAUUAA